AUGAUUCGAAGGACUUUUUAUAGAAAACGAACUCGAUUACAAAAAUGGGAACAAUCAAAAUACGAUUUCAUUACUUCCAAGACAUCUAUCGUCAAUCAAUCUCAAGAAAUAUUUGAAAAUCAAAGUGAGUCUAUAUCAUCUGCACCUAUGAAAGUCGAAGAAAUUAAGGAAUACAAACCAGAACGUAUUGAAUCAAUGGAUCCAUUGGCAACGACAACUACUGAGAUAAUAAAUGGUCCAUGUCCAUUAACAAAAUUAAAAUAUUAUUCUUUUGGUGAAUCAAUACCCUUUGGUUCAUUGCAUACAUUAUAUUUAGGUGUAUUUAAAAAAUUUUGUUUGUUGACUUUUUCCAAAUCCAAAACUGGUCGUCGACAAAAAUGGUCGCUUUAUAAUAAAAUAAAUAGUAUUGAUCAAGGGUGA